AUGCCGAAAAUUCCAGAACAGAAUCGAGUAGUAGAUCAAAUUAAGAAGACUUCUGGUAUUGACUGGAACGCCAUCAAAGAUCUUAUCGUAGAAUUCAAUAGCGAAGCUAAGUUAGAUGCAGGAAUUAUUUUUAUGAAUGAUGACGAUGAAGAUGAUGAAAGCGAUGAUAAAUGUCAUGAUAUAGAAAAAAAUGAUAUGAAAAUUCCCUUGAUUUAG